AUGGCUGGAUUUUCAGCGGGCAUCGCAGCGGAGAGGGCUUGCGCGGCUUCGAUCUGCUCUGCGACGCCGAUCGUGCCUGCUGGACUGCGGAGCGCAGGUUCGCAAUGCGCAGACAGGAUUUCGUUCCGGCCCAGCCGAGGGACGCUGCGAUCGGCCAAGCAUGAGCUUUCUCACAAGCGCGGCGGAGUUUUUGGGCGUCCUUCCGCGAAGCAGACCCUGCGAGCGUCGGCGGCUUCGGCUCGGGGACCCCGCGGCGGAUUAGAGGAAGCGGUGAAGGUAGGCGUGAGUGAUUCGUCGUCGGUGGGUGGGGAGAGAGGAUGGAGCGAGUUGGGGAGAGUAAUUCAGGAGGUAGCGGGGGCGGGGUCAUCGUCCCCUCGACAGAGCUUGGAGAAGUUGAUGAACUAUGCCUCCCAAUUGGCACCGCUGCCCGCCUCCGAGCGCGUGACUGAGAAUCGCGUUCCGGGAUGCACUUCGCGAGUGUGGCUCACAGUCGACCUGCAGGAGAAUGGCGAAGUCCACUUCGCGGCUGACAGUGAUGCGGAAAUCGUCCGGGGCACUUUGGGAUUGCUCCUGCAAUCUCUGAACGGGACCGAUUCUCAGGAGAUUUUGUCGUUGAAUGAGGACGGCAUUGCGAAGAUGCUGGUGUCUGUGCCCAAGUCCACCACUUGGUACACCAUCUGCAUCCACAUGCAGAAACGCGUUCGGGCUCUUCUGGAGCGAAGAUCUCCGGGGAAGAAAUUCGAUCCUUUUCCUUCCUUGAUCAUCACUGCGGAGGACAUUCAGGCCCAAGGUUCAUUCGCCGAAGCCCAGGUGCAAUAUUUGACCCCCGACCCGGAGAGAGUGAAGGAGCUUGUGGAGGUUCUGAGGGCAAAGAAUAUCGGCGUCGUCGCACAUUUUUACAUGGAUCCCGAGGUCCAAGGGGUGCUCGUGGCGGCCAAGAAAGAGUGGCCGCACAUUCAUAUUUCGGACUCGCUGGUCAUGGCAGAACACGCCGUCAAGAUGGCGGAAGUCGGGUGCAAAGCUGUGGCUGUGCUGGGCGUGGAUUUCAUGUCAGAGAAUGUUCGAGCAAUUCUGGAUAAGAAUGGCCUGACUCACGUCCCAGUCUAUCGCAUGUCCAGCGAUGAGAUCGGGUGCUCCCUGGCGGAGGCUGCUGAAAGUGCUGAAUAUUUGGAGUACCUGAAAGCAGCGUCUGUCACGCCGAAAUCUCUCCACGUGAUUUACAUCAACACCUCCCUAGAAACCAAGGCUCAAGCGCAGUCUUUAGUUCCCACCAUUACUUGCACUUCGUCGAAUGUUCUGCAGACGAUUCUUCAAGCUUUUGCUCAAGUGCCAGAUUUAACCCUUUGGUAUGGUCCUGACUCUUACAUGGGGGCGAAUUUGGCGGAGAUGCUAGUGCAGCUGAUGAGUAUGACGGACGAGGAGAUAGCCAAGGUCCAUCCGGCGCACAACCGGAAAACCAUCAGCACAGUUCUGUCACAUCUGCAGUACUAUCAGAAUGGGGCAUGUAUCGUCCACGACCUUUUCGGGAAAGAGGUGGUGAAUAAAUUGCGGGACGAGUACUCGGAUGCUUAUCAGACUGCGCAUUUAGAAGUUCCUGGCGAGAUGUUCACGCUGGCUAUGGAAGCACGAGCUCGGGGAAGAGGAGCAGUCGGAUCGACGCAGAAUAUCUUGGACUUCAUCACGAUCAAAGUGAGGGAAAUUCUGGACAGCGGAGUCGAUGCUUGUCCCAAAUUCGUCUUAGGUACCGAAGCAGGCAUGAUUACCGCGAUCGUAGAAGCUGUUCGGCAGCUGCUGAUAGAGCAUAAACGGGCAAAGGGCUUUAGUGCAGCCAAGGUUGGAGUGGAGAUCGUCUUUCCCGUCUCCACCGAUGCCGUCGCACCACUGUCAACAGCUUCAUCGUCACCGUCCUUCGCGGCAGCUGGUUUGAACAUCGUUCCCGGAGUUGUAUCGGGAGAAGGCUGUUCUGUGAAUGGAGGCUGUGCAUCGUGUGUGUACAUGAAGAUGAAUCGUCUGGACAGGCUGCUGAGAAUAUGCAAACUGGUCGGGACGUCCGGAGAGAGCUUACUUGCGGAAUACGAACCCCGCACGCUGAAGAGUUUAUCAGGAGGGGAGAACAUUGCCGAGCUUGGGUGUGAGCCAAUUUUGAGUAUGAGAUAUUUCCAGUCAAACAAAAGAUUAUCAGAUCAGCUAGUAGAGGAUAUAAACAGGCAUGCUUGCGCUUCUGUGCCCAAAUAA